ACGGAGCACCUACACCAUUAUUUGCCGGAACAAAAAAUGGCGCAUUGGGAUUGACAUGAGAUUUACGAGAUGCAAAUUGGCAUUAUAGAAAUAAAUUCACUAUGUUAGUGAGAUAUUUAGUACAAUUAUUUGAAUAUGGAACCAAUUAAAUCUCGAAUAUGUAUGGUCUCCGAUUUUUUUUACCCCAAUAUGGGAGGAGUGGAGGAACACAUAUUCAAUCUUUCGCAGUGUUUACUUGGUCGAGGUCACAAAGUUGUAAUACUCACACACUCCUAUGGCGAUCGAGUAGGGAUACGUUAUAUGACCAACGGGCUCAAGGUUUAUUACUUACCAAUAAAAGUCUUCUACAAUCAGUGUGUCCUUCCAACGAUGAUAUGCUCCGUUCCAUUGAUUCGAUAUAUUUUCAUCAGAGAACAAAUUGAAAUAAUUCAUGGACAUUCAGCAUUUUCUGCACUCGCUCAUGAAGGAAUGCUCGUAGGAAGACUCAUGGGUUUAAAGACUGUAUUUACGGAUCAUUCCUUAUUUGGUUUUGCCGACGCAUCUGCUGUUCUCACAAAUAAAUGUCUGGAAAUGUCUCUUGCCGAUUGCAAUCAUUGCAUCUGCGUUUCUCACACUGGAAAAGAAAACACUGUGUUACGUGCCAAAGUUCGUAAGGAUCGGGUAUCCGUGAUUCCAAAUGCUGUUGAUACAGCAUUAUUUACACCGGAUAUCAGCAAGAGAAAAAAUAAUUGCAUUAUUAUCGUCGUUGUGUCAAGGCUAGUCUAUCGGAAAGGUGUUGAUUUGUUGGCUCACAUAAUACCGGAAAUAUGUGCGAAAUACGAGAAUGUUCAAUUUCUGAUAGGAGGGGACGGUCCCAAGAGAUGGCUCAUAGAAGAAAUUAGAGAGAGGAAUUUAUUACAACACCGAGUGACGUUACUCGGUUCGCUAGAGCAUUCACAGGUCAAACACGUGUUAAAUAAGGGUCAUAUAUUUUUGAACACUAGUUUGACCGAGGCUUAUUGUAUGGCUAUCGUUGAAGCUGCCUCUUGUGGCUUGCAAGUAGUCUCAACCCGAGUCGGAGGGAUUCCCGAAGUAUUGCCUCCGGAUCUGAUCUAUUUGGUGGAACCUACAGUGGCAGCUCUGAUCGAAGGUUUGGAUCACGCCAUAGCGGAUUACGAAGCCGGAAAUGUGAUGUGUCCGUCCGAGGUGCACAACAAAAUAGUCUCUUUUUACAAUUGGUUCGAUGUAACACGUCGAACGGAAAUUGUUUAUGAUUUAGUUUGUAAAGAGGAGAAAAAAAACUUGGGCCAACAGCUCUCUAGCUACCUCUCCAGUGGAGUUCUGCCGUAUUUACUCGUCGUCUCUCUGUGCUACAUCGUUAUUCAGAUUUUGGAGUAUUUUGUGCCGAGAAAAUACAUCGACAUCGCGAAAGACUAUGCUCAAUAUCAAAGCGAGCCGGAUUUGCGAAGAAAGAAAAAAAAAUUCAGCUCAAGAUUAUCAUCCUAACGAAUGGUCGACACAACAUCUGGCUAUUGUAAAUAUAUUCAUCGGAGGUCUGAGUGUUUCCUCUCCUUCGAAAGAAACAUCGCUAUCGCUGGAUAUAAUUUUAUAGCGAAAAUUACUCAAUGCAUAUGUUAGCAUCGUGCUUGUGCUAAGCAGCCAAAUUUUUUUUUCGGUUACUGCUCCAUGUCGAUGUUCGAUGUUGAAGUGAUCGAGGACGAUGUGUACAAAUAAUAGAUAAAAAUAAUAAUUAACGUGAUAGUUGAAUAGAAAUAUUUCAUUUGAGUAUCGAAAAAAGUAAAUGACAUUUGAUAAACAAAUAUAACGCAUCGGGAUGAAAUUUUUGAGAUCUCACCAAAUUUUUCCUAGUCAUUGUUAGGAUAUUUCGGGAAAAAAUCGAUUUAAUGACGCUUUACGAAUUUCACGGCUCAUCUCACAGUAUUUUGCAACUCUAACGAGUUGUUUACUUCCUACGUUACAUUCCGAAGUACUCUUCACGAUUAUACGUAAUCCGAAUUGUUCAAAGUGAAUUCGGUUGUAUUACAUAUCUUUCGUUUCGUAAGAAACAUUGUCAAGUCGCGCUCCCAAUAUGUAAUCUGCAUUUCGUAUACAAAACACCGUUUUUUUUUUAAUUGGAGUGAUACGAGUACGUAUAUGAAGUUAUGAUGAUUCUAUAUGAAGAAAGAAUUUAUGCAAGCACACAUACACGGUAUCGUACAGUACAAAAUAACGAAAUAAACCCCAAAGAGUACAAUUGAAUAUAUCGAUGAUCGUUGUACCCCGUACGUCCACGUAAUAUGGAAAUAUAGGUAGAUAGGAAAAGAAGCCCUAGGAGAAAAAUGACGUUGUAGUUAAAUAAACGAUUGAAAAAAAGAUAACGGAGGAAAAUAUAACGACAAACCAUUCGAUGAUAAUGCCGAAUCGAAAAUAUAAUAAUUGUUUAUUUUAUCGUUCUGUACGUUUAGAUACAAUAAUAAUAAUAAUAGUAAUGAUACAUAA